AUGAAUCAAUUAUUAAUUACUAAACAUGAGAAAUUUUUCAAUAGAUGUUUAAUUGGUCUCCCAUCAUCAGCUCAAUCUGAAGAUUCAAAUAAAUUAGCCAUAAUAUAUUUUUGUUUACAUGGACUUCAAUUACUUCAAAAAUUUCAAUUUCAUGAACAAGAAUUAAUUUAUUAUCGUAAUUUUAUUUAUAAACAAUUUAUGAUUGAAAAUAAUGAAAUUAUUUCAUUUAGAUCAACUCAUUAUUUUUCAAAUAUUAAUAAAAAAUUUAAAUUUGAUUGUCCAAAUUUAUCAUCAACAUUAUUUGCUUUAUAUAAUUUAUUAAUUUUAAAAUCACCUUAUCAUAAUUAUAUAAAUCGAAAUAAAAUUAUGAAAUUUUUAUGUAAAUGUCAAAUCAAUAAUGGAAUUAAUAAAGGUGGAUUUGUACCGACUCUUUAUUAUGAAAAUGGGAUUUAUAAACAAUUUGGAGAACCAGAUCUUAGAGUUUGUUAUAUGGCAUUAUUGAUUCGUCAUUUAAUGAAAUAUGACAAUAAUAAUAAUAAUAAUAAUAAUAAUAAUAAUAAUAAUAAUACUAACGAGGAUAAAGAUAAAGAUAAUGAUAAAGAUAAUGAUAAAGAUAAUGAUAAUGAUAAAGAUAAUGAUAAUGAUAAAGAUAAUGAUAAAGAUAAUGAUAUAGAUGUGAUAUCUUUACAAAAAUUUAUUCUUGAUAGAAUAAACAUCAAUGGGGGAUUUAGUUCUACUAUUAUGGAUGAAUCACAUUUAGGAUUCACAUUUUGUGCUGUAGCAUCAUUAAAAUUACUUAAUUAUCCUUUAGAAAAUUUACAAUCAACAAAAGAAUGGUUAAUUCAUAGACAAGUUGAUUAUCCUAAGAAUCUAUAUAAUAAUGACAAUGACAAUGACAAUAACAAUGAUUAUGAUUAUGAAUAUUAUCGUAAUAUUGAUAUUGGUGGAUUUAAUGGUAGAGAAAAUAAAUUAAGUGAUACAUGUUAUUCUUGGUGGUGUACUGGAAGUUUAUAUAAUAUUAAUUGUAAUUUUAUUAAAUUAGUGGAUUUAAAUAAAGCAAAAAAUUAUUUAUUAAAUCAAACUCAAAAUCAAUUAUUUGGAGGAUUUUCAAAAGAUCCUCAAUCAAUUCCUGAUCCUAUGCAUAGUUAUUUAGCUUUAGCAAGUUUAUCAUUAUGGGAUCAUGAAAAAUUUGCUUUACAAGAAAUUAAUCCAAUUUUAACAAUUACUAAAGAACUGUAUCAAUUUUUCAAAGAUGAAAUAAAGUACUAA